AUGCACGUGGUCGUCAAGGCGCCCUCCGGGUGCCAGAGCUUCGACGUGUGCGGCUCGGACACCGUGGGCCGCGUGCGCGCUAUGGCGCAGGUCCCUGAGAGCUUCGCGGCGGUGUGCGGUGGUCGCACGGUCCCCGAUUCGCGGUGUGUGGGUGCCCUUGGGCCUUGUGGCAGCCUGGAGUUCCGCCCGCGCCUCCUCGGCGGCGUCAUGAUCAAGGUCAAGACGCUGACGGGCAAGGAGCUGGAGAUCGACAUCGAGCCGACGGACACGAUCGAGCGCAUCAAGGAGCGCGUCGAGGAGAAGGAGGGCAUCCCGCCGGUGCAGCAGCGCCUGAUCUACUCGGGCAAGUCGAUGGCCGACGACAAGGAGGCGAGGGAAUACAACAUCGAGGGCGGCUCGGUCCUGCACCUGGUCCUGGCGCUGCGCGGCGGCGCCAUGUAA